CCCCGGAGUCCCUGCGCGCCCGCCCUGCCACCUCCUCUCAGCCUCGCGCAGCCUCACCAUGGUGGAAGCCUUCGCGGGCACCUGGAAGCUGGUGGACAGCAAGAAUUUCGAUGACUACAUGAAGUCCCUCGGUGUGGGUUUUGCCACCAGACAGGUGGCCAACAUGACCAAGCCUACCACAAUCAUUGAAGUGAACGGGGACACUAUCACCCUAAAAACACAGAGUACCUUCAAGAACACGGAGAUCAGCUUCAAGCUGGGGGUGGAGUUUGAUGAGACCACAGCAGAUGACAGGAAGGUCAAGACCACUGUGACACUGGAUGGAGGCAAACUUGUUCAGUUACAGAAGUGGGAUGGGCAAGAGACAACACUUGUGCGGGAGCUAUCUAAUGGAAAACUCAUCCUGACACUCACCCAUGGCAGUGCAGUUAGUGUUCGCACUUACGAGAAAGAGGAAUGAUCUGCCGGCGCAUUCACUGAAAGCUACUCUGCCAAUUGGCUACCCCUGGACUCAGAUUGCCUCAUUUUUUCUUCUGGCAUUUUGUAUAAAUCCACCUCGAUUGGAGAAUUCUUCUGGGGUCAGUUGGCGCCAGUAUGGAUCCAGUUCCAGUUCCCAUUAUGUAUAUUUGUUUUUUUUAACUGCAUCCAAAGGGUGCUCUGAGGUCAAUAAACAAAGCCAAGGCCAGCCAGUUGCCUUUAUGCGUUUGGUGACACAACUCUGGGAGUUUUGGUUUCUCUGUGGUCAGAAAAUGAUCAGAAGUGACUGCCUACAGGUCACUCAGAAAGAAGCACUAGCUGAGAGACUGAAAUGGACAGUCUCAGAGACAGAGGUAGUUAGCUGAUCACCUCACAUGUUCAAUAAUAAAAGAGCUGUACCUACACCUUGCCUUUACACUUGCCCCCAACCUAUGAUCCAAAUGAGCAAGUCCAAUCUGGAAUUAUCAGGCAGUGGCAGGCCUUCCCCAGGCUCCUUCCCCUUGGCUACUAAACUGUCACUUCAGGCCCAUUCCCACUGAAUGCUCUUGGGUGUGGUUAGUUGCUUUUCUCUGUGGAAUGUUGUGGUGUCUUUCUAGAAUGCAGACAGGGAAUACAGGAUGCUUUGGACUGGGCUUUGGUGGUAGAAAAUAACCAUUGGCAAAAACCCCACCUAUGCCACAGGUCAUUACUCAUGGUUAUAAAUUCUUAUUGAUUUUCUAAUUAGCUCUGGUGGGAGAGGUCACCUGAUCACUGCCAUGAAAGGGUUUAUAGGUGGACUCUGACUUGCUAGUGCCUCUGGCUCUGUACCUCAGCUGGAUUUCUCUCCAAGGCAACGAAGAUUCAAACUCAGUGACCAUUAAGUCUAUAAAUAAUCCAAGAAGAAGAUUAUAGUAAUAAAAACUUUCAGUAAGUUU